AUGACAAGAUGGGUGAGUGUUACUGCAGAGGACUUUGGAAAGGGGCUUUAGGGGUCCGGCGAAGUUUUGACAUUGUAGGCAAGACCUGAAGGACAGGUCCGAGGACGCCGGGGCAGGCCGAGGCCGCUUCUGGGCAGCCAAGUGGAAGGGCAACGGGAGGGGUACGCCGGGCGCGUCAGAUGUCCCUGCCCGUGUGUCCGGCAGGGCGGGCUGGGGAGCCGUCAGAAUUUGGGGUUGUGGCCCGGCAGGGGGCCCCACCGAGCGGUAUCCAGAUCUAGCCUUUCCCAUGGUCUGUUUCCCACGCCCCCAGUUGCCACCUGCUCAGUCCUUGGCUACGACACCCGGUCCCCUUCGCGAGCAUUUCGGUGGUGCCCGCCUACUCCGUCCGAAGCAGCUGCGGGGCUCGGAGGCCGGAAACGCAGCCAAGGGUCCGGGGCUGGGCCCACAGUCCAUUGAUGACUUGAACAAAUGGGCCCUCGUUCUUGUUUCUCCUCUUAUACUUGAAGCCGAACAUAUAGCAUUUGUGACAGAGAGCAUUUGGGUGCAAGGGGAGAAUUUGCAGAGACCGUCUUCCUCUUCAGAAACUAUUGUAAAGUGGUCAGACUGUUGUUUGCCGUUAGCUUGCAGACCUGGGGACCCUUAUCAAUUAAUCGCCAAAGCAAGUGUGGACGACUUCAGCAAGCUGGGGGUGGCGUUCAUGGAAGAUAGACUCCAGAUGGCUAAUGGGCUGAUACCCCAGAAGAUUGUUUCAGUGCACCUGCAGGACUCCGCUCUGAAGGAACUUAAGGACCAGGCCACAAACAAGCCAGCCCACAUCCUGCAGCCGAGCCCCAGAUCUGCUAUGGAGGGUGAGCCUGACACAGGCAUUAUGGAGCAUGUUGGUAAAGAUGACCCAAAGGUUCUUGGUUCAGAACCCACUCAAGGGCAAGGCGGUGCCUCUGGGAGUGAGCCUGCUGGGGAGAGCGACAGAGGAGAGGGCUCCGCCGACCUCUGUCACCUGCAUCUGUCUAGUUGCCACGAGUGUUUGGAGCUGGAGAACAGCACCAUUGAAUCCAUCAGAUUUGCAUCUGCAGAGGACAUUCCAGACCUUCCCUAUGACCCCAGUGGCAAUGUGGAGGGUGUUGCUGAUGCUGUCGGCCCUGAGAGAGAAGGAAGGAGAACCAACGUCACAGGGAAGGCACCCAACAUCCUCCUCUAUGUGGGCUCCGACUCCCAGGAAGCCCUGGACAGGUUCCAGCAGGUCCGGUCCGUUCUGGCUGACUGCGUGGACCCCGACAGUUACACUCUCUACCACCUGUCGGGGGAGAGUGCGCUCAGAGACCCGUGGUCAGACAACUGUGUGUUGUUGGUCAUUGCCACCAGCGAGUCUCUUUCCAAAGACCUGUACCAGAAGUUCAUGGCCUACCUUUCUCAGGGAGGGAAAGUGUUGGGCCUGUCUUCCUCCUUCACGGUUGCUGGCUUCCAGGUGACCAGCAAGGGCGCACUGCAGGAGACAGUCCAGAACUUGGUUUUCUCCAAGGCUGACCAGAGCCAGGUGAAGCUCAGCGUCCUGAGCAGUGGCUGCAUUUACGAGGAGGACCCCGGGGAGCAGCUCAGCCUGGGCAAGCUCCAGGGCCACCUGGAAAAUGAGGACAAGGACAGGCUGAUUGUGCAAGUGCCUUUUGGAGCACAUGGAGGAGAGGCUGUUCUUUGCCAGGUGCACUUAGAACUACCUCCCAGCUCUUCAGCAGUGCAGACUGAAGAAGAUUUUAAUCUGCUCAAAUGUAGCAACAUUAGAAGAUAUGAAGUCCUUAAGGAGAUCCUGACUACCCUCGGCCUAAGCUGUGGCAUGAACCAAGUUCCUGCCUUAACACCUCUUCACCUGCUGUUGGCGGCAGAGGAAAUGCAGGAUCCUCUUAUGCAGUGGCUGGAGAAAUGUGUGGAUGCUGGAGGAGUCAUAACAUCCAGCAAGCUCUCCCUCAAGUUUGUCCCAUCCUACACGUCUGAAAUAGAAGUCACCCCAACUUCCCUCCCUGUGGUAACUGACACGAUGGCCUUCUCAUCUGAACAUUUUAACUUAGAGAUCUACCGAGAAAAUUUGCAGACAAAGCAACUUGGGAAAGUAAUUUUGUUUGCUGAAGUGACAUCCACCACCAUGAAUCUUCUGGACGGGUUGAUGUUUGAGAUGCCACAGGAAAUGGGUUUAAUAGCCAUCGCAGUCCGCCAAACACAGGGCAAAGGGCGAGGAAGGAAUGCGUGGCUGAGCCCAGAGGGAUGCGCUCUUUCCACGCUGCUGGUCUCCAUUCCACUGAGAUCCCCGCUGGGACAGAGGAUCCCGUUUGUCCAGCAUCUGAUGUCCCUGGCUGUGGUAGAGGCGGUCAGGUCCAUCCCUGGGUACCAGGACAUCAACUUACGGGUGAAGUGGCCCAACGACAUUUAUUACAGUGACCUCAUGAAGCUUGGCGGAGUUCUGGUUAACUCAACACUUAUAGGAGAUACAUUUUAUAUUCUUAUUGGCUGUGGAUUUAACGUGACUAACAGUAACCCUACUAUAUGCGUCAACGACCUCGUCACAGAAUACAAUAAGGAGCACGGGGCACAGCUGGAGCCCUUACGAGCUGAUUGUCUCAUCGCGAGAACUGUGACGGUGAUGGAGAACCUGAUCUCCACGUUUCAGGACCAAGGGCCCAAUGGUGUUCUUCCCCUGUAUUAUAGAUACUGGGCACACAGUGCUCAACAAGUCCGCCUGGGAAGCGCUGAGGGGCCAAAGGUGUGGAUCGUCGGCCUAGAUGAUUCUGGGUUCCUCCAGGUUCACCAGGAGGAUGGCCGGGUGGUGACUGUGCAUCCGGAUGGCAACUCCUUCGACAUGCUUAGAAACCUCAUCAUCCCCAAGCAGCAGUAGCCCCCUUGGGGAGAUGGCCGGGGCCUGGGUGCCCAGAGUGGGCCUGGUGCUGGGCAGCAGGGCAGGCCAGCGGCUGCGAGGACUCGGGCUGACCCACGUGCGACCACCGCAGCGAGCGUUCCCGUCGGCUUCUGUGCUGCUCGCCCAUGGAUCUGGAAGAGUAACCAGAGGUGUGGGCGGAUUUUCUUCUCCCGCCAGUUAACUGUUAGUUCUUGAAUUUUGUUCUGUCAGGUUUUUGUUUUUGUUUUUGUUUUUCUGUCAUUUGGUGUCGGAAGAAGAUCUGGGUGGAGGGUUGACAAGUGGAAAAUAUUUAGUUCAGGUAAAGCCCUACUGAAGGUGUGACAUUGUUCUCCCCUCUUGGGCUUGGGUGUGUGUUUAUUGCUCCCCCUCCCAGUGUUCUUUAACAUGGAAACCACAAUAGAAUAAUUCACAAAUUUCCCAGUAGUGGAGACCUUUACCCUUAGACUAUUAAAAAGCAAAUCAAAGAAAGCUCUGGGGCCAGGCCGGUGGUGAGGUGGAGGUGUGGCAGCUGCUUAUGAGCACCCCGGGAGGCGUUUUCUGCAGGAACCACAGGCACUUUGUGUCAUUUUACUUCUGUGUUAACGAAGAAAAGAGAAGGUCAACUUCUAAGAGUUCUUAUCAGCCCAGUGGUUUGUGGUCCAAUAAUAGUGUCUGAUGGCUACAGAGAUGCGUCCCGCUGGGACUGUUGCAAUGAUCUUGCAGAGGAAAUCGGUUCGUUACUUUGCCAUUAAUUUAUGAGCUCGCCUUUGAUAGGUUUAAUUUUACUGCAUAGAUUCUGAAGUGAUGGAAUCAAGUUCAAGAUCCUUAAAGGGCUGAUGAGGCAUUGCUCAGAUGUAGGGUGGGCCAUUCAGCUCUGACGGCUGGAGAUGAAGGCUGCUCUGUCACCACAUGCACAGGAGGGUCUGGAGCUUGAAGCCCAUUCAGGCUUUGAAAUGUGGAGUAUUCCUGCGAGACUCCAUGCACAGAAUACAGAAGUACAGGGCAUGGUGUUUGUGAAUCAUUAUUUUUUGCCCCCUUCUUCUGAUAUCGGUGAGAAAGAAAAUGUUAUUGUUAUGGAAUACCAUCCUUUGAGAGGGAGGGUGUGUGUAUGUGAGAGAGGGGGGCGAGAGAGAGAGAGAGAGAGAGAGAGAGAGAGAGAGAGAGAGAGCUCUUUAAAAGAUCUUCAAAAUCUGAUAUCCUAAAAGUCUCCAUCGAAGAACAAAAGAAAGGAAGCCUUUUGAUAUACGUUUGCUGUUUCCAGAUGUACUCCAUGCUUUUUCCAUGUAGCUCCUAUCUCUGUUGAACUUGUGAAUCAUACACUUUACUUUUCAGCCUUAAGAGGCCAGUUUUGCCCCCUUUUCUCUCUUCCUGCCAGUCCCAACUGAAAUUAGUGGAAAGAAAACUUGAUGGAGCUCUCAGCUUGAAUAAAAUUGCCUUAUUGUGCAACCAGCACCAUCUUCAUCCAGCCCGUAGCCCGUCGGGCUAGUCCCGAGACUCAUGGUUUCCAGUGUGAAGUCAGGGCACCUUCAGCCCGGCACAGGCAGCCCAGUAGGAAGGGGAAAAUAACAUUUAGUUAAGUACACCAACCCAAUAUGUGUU